AUGGAGACAGACCUCCUCCUCUCCCUCCGCCACGCCCUCUCCCGCCGCCGCCCUUGGCCUGAGCUCCUAGAUCGCUCCGCCUUCUCCAAGCCUGAAUCCCUCUCCGAAGCCACUCUCCGGAUCCGCAAAAACUACUCCUAUUUCCGCGUCAAUUAUUUCGCGAUCAUAGCCCUAAUUCUUGCGAUUUCACUUUUCUCCAAUCCAUCAUCUCUCUUCCUCUUAAUCGCCCUUCUUUCCUCUUGGAUCUUCCUCUAUCUCUUCCGCCCCUCCGAUCAGCCGCUCGUUCUCUUCGGUCGCCUCUUCAGAGACAGCGAGAUCUUGAUUGGCCUCGUUAUUUUCACUGCCUGUGUUGUAUUUCUCACCAGCGUCGGAUCUGUUCUUGUUUCUGCCCUCACCGGCGGCGUCGCCGUCGUCUGCGCUCACGGCGCUCUCCGAUGUCCCGAUGAUCUGUUCCUUGACGAGCAGGAAGUUAACUCGACUGGCUUUCUUGGUUUCUUCGCCGGCGUCCCCUCCUCCUCUGCCUCUGCCGCCGGUCCUCCCAGAAAAUAAAUAAUGUGGUCCAUUAUAUAAAUGCAAUACAUAUGUGUGCUGAUUGAUUUGUUCAUUUUUAUUAUUUGUUUGUUUGAAUAUUUUCUUGUUCAAUUGAAAUUUUGAAAUGGUGGGAGGAUAUUGAUUUUUUUUUUUUUUUUUUUUUUACCAUUCAAAUUUGAGUGUGGAAUUUAUUUUAAUAUUUAAGGCUGGAGAAUUAUGCUUAUGUUAAAAAGUUUGUAUCAAUUUAGGUUUGAUCCUUGAACCUAAAAGAAGUUAGGUUUGAUCCUUGAUUUUUAUUUUUUGUAAUUUUUUUUUUGUAAAUAUGUUCUUUUUUAAUAUUGUAAAUUUGUGGUGCAAGUUGUACAACAAAUAUAUU